AUGCCGCACACAUUCCUCCCUCCAAAAUCCGCUGCCUGCCCCGUGUCCACCUCGUCCACCCCAAACAUAGCCGCUCCCCUCCCCUUCCCUCUGCCUCCACAACGCUGCCUCCUCUUCGGGUGGGGUGGAGGCGGCCGGAUCCGUGGCCCGGUGUCCCGAUCUGCCGGGGGAUGGAUAGAUCCAAGCAGCCGUGGCAAGGAAGACCAAGGGCGCAUCGGCGGCGACGGCAUCCCCCGCAGACGGACAUGGCAGCAACUGCAAGGCGGCCACCACCCACCCCUUCGGUCGCGGCAACGACAGCACCCAUCCAAUUCCCGACGGGGACUGCUUCCUCCGUGGCUGCAUGUUGACAGAGCAACUCUGCUAGUUAUAUAUGGAGUGUCUGUAAGGUUCUUAGAAAAGCUUAUGCUGAUGAUGACUUAUGAGGUUGUGAGCACCAAUCCUUCUGAUUCUGAAGGCGAAGCUGACAAAGAAAGGAAGGGCAAGGACCAAAUCAUCGGCAUCAGCCAAGAAGAAGAAAGUCACCAAGCCCCUAAGCAAAAAGGGUUUAACAACUUAGAUCGCACAUGGAUGAUAUGCGAGAGGAGAUUGAGAACUAGACCUGAAGCUUGA